AUGACUGAUGAUGAGCUGUCUGCCUUAGUAGUGGAUAAUGGGUCAGGGAUGUGCAAAGCAGGCUUCGGUGGUGACGAUGCCCCCCGGGCUGUGUUCCCCUCCAUGGUGGGGCGUCCCCGACACCAAGGGGUCAUGGUAGGCAUGGGCCAGAAGGACUGCUAUGUAGGGGAUGAGGCCCAAAGCAAGAGAGGCAUCCUGACCCUGCAGUAUCCCAUUCAGCAUGGAGUAGUCACCAACUGGGACGACAUGGAGAAGAUCUGGUACCACACUUUCUACAACGAGCUCCGUGUAGCACCAGAUGAGCAUCCCAUCCUCCUCACUGAAGCACCCCUCAACCCCAAGAUCAACCGGGAAAAGAUGACUCAGAUCAUGUUUGAAGCCUUCAACACACCUGCCAUGUAUGUAGCUAUCCAGGCUGUGCUGUCCCUCUAUGCCUCCGGAAGAACCACAGGCAUCGUAAUGGAUUCUGGGGAUGGGGUCACCCACACUGUGCCCAUCUAUGAAGGCUACGCCCUGCCCCACGCUAUCCUACGUCUGGAUCUGGCAGGCAGAGAUCUGACAGAUUACCUCAUGAAGAUCCUAACGGAAAGAGGCUAUAACUUCACCACAACGGCAGAGCGGGAGAUCGUGCGGGAUGUCAAGGAGAAGCUGUGCUAUGUGGCCCUAGACUUUGAGCAGGAGAUGAUCGGUGCAGCAGCAUCUUCCUCACUGGAAAGAAGCUAUGAGCUUCCUGAUGGGCAGGUGAUCACCAUUGGGAAUGAACGCUUCCGAUGCCCUGAAGCCAUUUUCCAGCCUGCCUUUCUGGGCAUUGAGUCCAGUGGAAUCCAUGAGACAACCUUCAACUCUACCAUGAAGUGUGAUGUGGAUAUUCGCAAGGAUUUAUAUGCCAACACAGUGUUGUCUGGAGGCAGCACCAUGUACCCAGGCAUUGCUGACCGGAUGCAAAAGGAGAUCAUAACCCUGGCCCCCAGCACCAUGAAAGUCAAGAUCAUUGCUCCCCCAGAACGCAAGUAUUCCGUUUGGAUUGGGGGCUCCAUCCUGGCCAGCCUGUCCACGUUCCAGCAGAUGUGGAUCAGCAAGCAGGAAUACGAUGAAGCUGGUCCUCCUAUUGUUCAUAGAAAAUGCUUCUGA